AUGACUACUUCCUUAUUUGCAUGCGCUACAAAAAAUCCCCAACUUUCGCCGUUGGACCAGGAGGCAUACUUUAGGGAUGAAUUGAUUCUUAUUCGUCACGGUGAGCGGCAAGACCACGCUGACCACGGAUGGAAGGGCAAUCAUUUUCUUUCUAUGCAGGAUCCCCCUCUAUCAAAUGCAGGGCGGAUGCAAUCCUUUGAAGUUGCUCUCAGGUAUUACGCCUUACAGAAGGAGAAAACUGUUGAGCAACGCAUUCGGGGUAGAGUUUCCUUUUUCCUUGUGUCUCCAUUUCAUCGAUGCAUAGAAACAGCAUUGAUAUUAAAUGUUGUAGCAUUCCAGGGGUCCUUGGGCCUGUUCAUUAGUCCACAGCUCUCAGACUGGCAGCAAUCUAGAGUUUUUCGCUCACCACCAGUCUUAAGCGGGCGAUACAUGAUGUCUCAAACCAACGAGGAUGACAGCGAAGAGGACAGAAGGCUUCUGUUUUUCUAUCCUCAGGUUAAUGCUCUACGUGCUUCUCUUUUACCUUUUCUACAAACGCGCGCAGAAGAAGUUUUGAAAGAGAAGACUGCCGAUGGAAUAUUGGUUUAUCCUGAAAUCGCCCGAGAGUGGGCCCGGACACUCGAAACGUGGCUAGAUGAUCACCUGGCCCUGCCGGUCUGGACACAUAGUGUCUAUCAGAGUUUUAUUCUUGACAAAAUCGAGGUUUCCAACCCACAACGCAGCGAAGGCAACCAUCCUUCAACGACGACUUCGUUUUCCACAUUAAAACCGGAUACUUGCUCAAGGCGAUCAUCGGAUUAUUUUGGAUGUGGUGUGAAACAUCCCGAACGAAGGGCGGAUCUUCUGAAACGUUGCCAGGAGAUAGUUGAGACAUAUUUUUUAAAUAGCGAGUCAUCGGUUUGUACAACUCCUGCGUCAGUUCAUGCAUCUGUCGAAACCGAGAGACGCAAACAGUUACCAAAAUACUUCAUACCUCGUUCAUUAGAACGACGAACUAGUAAAAAACAGACACAUCUUCUAGCGCUCCUCCCGCCUUUACACAUUAUGGCAGUCACCCAUGGGGAUAUAAUCGCUGGGUUGGUUGAAGUUUGCUGCCCCAAAUACUUGAGCCACGGUGAUGGUGUCUCGGUACCGUACUGCAGCAUUACCACUCUUACGCGACAUAAUAACUAUUAUCGUAUUCCCUCCUUAGAAGAGCGUCAAAAGAUGGAUAGUUCAGCUGUUGCGUCUGCCAACCGAGGCCGUGGAAACCAAAAAAAAUCUCAAGGUACUCUGUGCACGCAAAAUACGUUUCCGCGUGAAAAUUUUGUUUCACGUCAUGUUCAUGACGCCACAUUUUCGAGCUCUUUCGGUACACCUGUGGAUUGGCAAGUGGAAGAGUUUGGCUCUACUGACCUGCUUCACACUCGAAUUUUUAUCCGUUAUAGCUAA